AUGCCGCCAGCAGCCCCGCGAGCCCCGGGCGCGCCAGGCCGCGCACAGCUAGAGGCCAUGGUCAAGCUCGUGCAUGACGUAACCGGGCGCCCGCUCAACGAGAUCAGGACGGACCUCGAGUACACGCGCGACCCGCAGAGGACCAUUGUGAGGAUCAUGGAGGGCGAGUUUUUGAAAGGGACACCGAGGGAGCUGGGACGGGCUGGGGGUGCGGGUGGUAUGGGCAUGAGUGGGAAUGCGGACGGGAAUGCGGUGCAGAUGCUGGAUCCUCGGCCGUCAGCACCGCUGCUACCGCCGCCGGUGGUGCACAACUGGCCGUGGAGAGAGAGUGAGAGAGAACGGGAAACGGAGAGUAGAAGCCCUGAGAAGAAGAAUGUGCCGAUGCAGGUUAUUGAUCUCUGCGAUUCGGAGGAAGAGGACGAAUCACCCCCGGCACCCCCGGCACCCCCGCCGCCCCUCCCCCAGCCACAGCGGGCGACACAGAUGCAGCCGUCACCAGAAACAUGGCAGCGAGGCCCUGCUGCAGAACAGCCCGCCGCCGCCGCCGCCUCCAGCUCGAGGUGGACACGCACCCGGCGCCCCGCGGGCGAACCAAGAGCACCCCCGCCUCUCCCGCUGCUUUCGGCCCCCUUUGAACCAGCGGAGAGGCCGGCACCGCACCACCGGGCUGCGGAAAGCAGCAGUGCAGCCGCCCCCCCGGCGAGUAGUAGUGAUGCAUGGACGACCCCCGUACGAGCCCGACCUCCUCCUCCGCCCGCGAUGCCGGCUUCCCGCCAUCAUGUCGAUACGUGGGGCGGCCCUGCAACAGCGCCGCCGGUGAGACACCAUGUACCGGCGGCACCCCCGCCGUCGCCUCCUCCUCCGCAGCCGGUGUUUAGCGCAUCCCCGCUAUUUAGAUAUCAGGGUUCUGAGUCUCCGUCGCCGCCUUUAUUGUCGCCGGAACGGCCGAAACCACGGGUUGUGACGCAUGCUAGUUAUCGGGUCGACCCAUCAUCUCCUGCUACUCUUGCUGCGGCGGCCCCGCUACCGUCAUCGUCGCCAGAACGACCGAAACCGAAACCGAAACCGCGGGUUGUGACGCAUGCUAAUUUCCGGGUCGAUCCGUCUCCUGCUGCGGCCCCGCCGCCGCCGCCGCCGGUUUUCAAGACGCCCGUGGCGGGCAAGCGGCAGAAACUCGAUGUCAUAUCCAUCGACUCCGACUCCUCCCCCGACUCUGGCGGACCAGCAGCAGCACCGCGCAGUGCGGUCUCUGUGCCCAACACAGACUCGAUCCCGCGGAGAGCCCGGAGGGAUAGACAAUCUUCUUAUUCUUCGCCGACAAAAGAUCAAGAGCCGGUGUUGAGUACUGCUACGCGCUCGCUGUUGCAGGACGGCAGCGCGGGUAAGAAGAAGAAGGCGCCGGUGAAGAGCGUAAAGACGAAGGCUGCCCCCGGGAAGCGGAAGACGAAGCCUCCAGAGGUGGCGGUGGAGGAAGAGGCGGCGGCGGCGGCGGCGGCAAAGAAAAGCACCCGCCUCACCGACGCCGAGAAGGCCCAGCGCGCCGCCGAGAAGGAAGCCGCCAAAGAAGCCGUCAAGCUGCAGCGCCAGCAGGAACGAGAAGCCAAAGCCGCCGAGCGCGACGCAGCAAAGGCGCAGAAGAAUCGGGAGCGCGAGGCCAAGGAGCUCGAGAAGAAGCAGGAGCAAGAGCUGGCGCUGGCGAAUAAGCUACGCAUGUCGCGGAAGGACUCGGUGCAGGAGAUGAUUGUGGACAUGUCGCAGCACCUCAAGGACUCUGCGACGGGCCAGUCGCUGGCGCGCUUCCUGGUGGGGUUGGGGUGCGAGGUGAAUACCACCUGGUAUCCGACGCUGCCUGAGGGCACGCAGCGGGAGUGGCGGGUGGCAAAGUGGCGGAGGAAGGUGACGACGGAGUGGGAUGAGAGGCGCGCGCUGUUUGUGCCCUUGCCGGCCAUGAAGGUCACCGAUGAGCGCCAUGUGCUCGUCUAUCUCACCGCGCAGGAGUUCUGGCAGCUGGCAGAGGGUGCGGAAGAAGCUAGGCUGGCGGAGCAUGUCCAGCUGGCGAGUGGCUUCUCGCCGGGGAUGCAGGAUGUGAAGGUGUUGUAUCUGCUGGAGGGGGUGGAGGCAUUUGUCCGCGGGAAUCGGAACAAUAGGAAUAGAGAGUACCAGAACAGGGUUCGCGCGGCGCUGGGCGAGGGCGCGAGUAUACCGGCCGACGCGGAGAUUCUUGAUGAAGACGUGCUGCAGGACGCACUGCUGGAGCUCCAGAUCGUCCAUGGGUGUCUUGUGCACCACACGGCCUCGGGCGUCGAGUCGGCGGAGUGGAUCAGUAAGUUUACGACCGAUAUCUCGACUAUUCCUUACAAGAACUCGCGGAGCGCAAUCGGCGCGGCGGGCUUCUGCACAGACGCGGGCCAGCUCCGCGUCGGUAUUGGCAAGGCAGAUACGUUCCGCCGCAUGCUGGAGGAGAUUCAUCGUGUGACGCCGAGCGUGGCGGAGGCGGUGGUGCGCGUGUAUCCGGAUGUGCGGGCGCUCGUGGAGGCGUUUGCGGGGUAUGGGGAGGAGAUGUUGGCGGAUUUGCCGAUCUCGACGACAAGGGGUGGGAGGACAACGGAUAAGACGGUGGGGCAGUCGAUUAGUAGGAGGAUUUGUGGGGUAUUUAUGAAUAGGGAUCCGGAUAGUGUUGAGAUCUAG